CAAAUAUUUUACAGGUGGAAUCACUUAGUGGAGAAAAAUUUCGGCUCUUUAAAAAACCGGAUCAGUUGGACCUGAUCGAGCAGGAAUCCGAAGAUGCGUUCGAGCAGGUGUACGACGAUGAGGAAGCUUCAACAUCAAUUGUUUUACAUGGUCAUAACGGAGGCGUACAUUCGGUGUCAUUUUCACCGGACAAACGACUUCUGCUUUCGUCCUCUCGUGAUCGAACAAUUCGUUUAUGGAGUAUUGCAUCUCGUAGUAAUGUUGUUCUGUACAGAUAUGCAACUCCAAUUUGGGAGGUGAAAUUUUGUCCUCGCUCGUAUUAUUUUGCAACAGCUGGCUCCGAUUCCACUGCAAUGCUAUGGACAACAGAUCGUCUGCAACCGUUGAGGAUAUUUUCGGAUGCAUUUUCGGAUGUCACUUGUAUUGAUUUCCAUCCCAAUUGUAAUUAUUUUGCUGGCGGUAGUGAUGAUCGCUACGUGCGCGUCUGGGAUAUCCUCUCCGGAACCUGUGUACGAUGCUUUGCAGGCCAUAAAGGAUCAAUUCGUGGAAUUAAGGUUGGAGCACUGCUAAUGCUUUCAGCAAUUAAUAUCUUUUUAGGUCUUGUGAGACGAGUAGCUAAGGGGAGAGUGAGGAGGGGAAGGGAGGGCAGGGCAGAAGAACGGACAAGGGGAUCCAGUUAG